AUGAGUAUAUCCCUGCCUCGGCCUCAUGUCACCCGUCGUGAGACUCGAACUAACUUUCCGGACAGCAGUCCUCUGCAUCAUAAUGAAGGGACAUCAUACUUCCAGUCGAGACCCAUAUCGCCAAGUCUCAACCGCAGAAUGCACGGCACAUCAGCCGCAGCGGGACCCAGCCUUACCCGCCCACCGGUUCCCUCGAAUCCACGGCAUAGCCAGGGCCGAAGCGUCAGUGUGUCCAGUGUUAGGCCACGGUACCAGGAAACAGUUGUGUCGGAGGAGGAUGAGGACGAAGAAGCACCACGUCGCCGGCGUAACGUGACGCCAGCUGUUGAUGGCGAUGGCUCGUCCAGUAGUGAUGAUGAAGAAGGUGAAGCUACUCGGGUGUUGGAGCGCGAGGAAGCCCUUAGCGAGUCAGGGUCUUUAGACCCAGUUACACUCAAAGAACGACAGUCCCUCAUCAAUGUUGAGCACCCAUUCGGUCUCCCUAUCUGGAAGCCCGCCUUGUAUAAAAAAUCACGAACCGUAACUCGUGAUGCUGAACACGCACUGCACAACAUCCCAUCCGCGACCGCCGAGCGCCACCUUCAUCCAGGCAACGUGUUUUGGGCACUUUUGUUUGGCUGGUGGAUGGCUCUGAUAUGCUUUCUUGUUGCAACUAUUCUGUAUUGUGUCCCUAGAGGUGGCAGUCGCUUUGGUCGGCUCAUACGCGGCCUUGGGUGGUAUUUAUUUUGGCCUUUUGGCAAGUAUCUUGAAGGCGACAUCGAAGACCCUUCGGACGAAGAGGGCCCUAAAGACGAAGAUGAUGAAGCAGAUAAUGGCCAUGUCAGCCCAAUCCCCGAAGAAACUUCCAAUCUCGUAGAGGAAUCGGAAUUUGCUGGAGGGACGGUGAAAGGCUCCAAGACUCCACCGCACGUCCCAACUGGUGUUUUGCUCUCCGAGCAAUCUACUAUCACUCCUCAAACCUUCUCGCUGCGGCCUGAGACUGAACGUGCUCCUUUACUAUCAUCGAAUGGAAGUCCUGGUGUUGCGCGAUCUACCAAGACCUACGGUUUAGAGUUGCCUCGAAAUGAAGUCGACCGCGUGGAAGCCCACAUGCUUUGCACCAUUAUCUAUUAUCUUUUCUUCAUAUCCAUCAUUGCUCCGGUCAUGCUCGUAGUGGCCUUGGUUUGUUAUGCUUUGGUGUUUACCAUCCCAAUGGCCAGGCUCAACAAAGAGCUGCUCAAAUACCUAUUUUACCACCCGCUACGUGUCCGUUUCCGAGAGGCUCCCCCACCUACCGUCCAACCUCCCCCUCCCGAAUCACCUCUCAACUCCGCUACACCUACUUUCACCGUGAAACAACCUCGCCUCCGGGCGGGACAAAUUGCUCCUUUUGGAAAGCCUACUUCUAAGGUGCUUCUUUGCACUUAUCGGGCCGUUGGAUUACAGUAUUACAAGUACACAGUUGGAGGUGUGAACAUCAUGUUUGUCAACCUUCUUCCUGUCGUAUUCUUCGUCAUAUUCGACUUCUUCGUCCUUGUGCCCAUACGCCGACGAAGCGAAAACUCCGGUCAGCCGAUCAACCGAUUUUUCCUGUUCCUUACCUCAGGUCCCUUGCUGUUUUCCCUGAGCCUGGCAAGCGUGAUUCCGCUUUCCUACUUCAUUGGGAUGGCCGUGGCCAGCAUCAGUGCACAAUCAUCGAUCGGCAUGGGGGCCGUUAUUAACGCUACUUUUGGCUCAAUCAUCGAAAUUAUUCUUUAUUCCAGAAUGCUGCUAGCUGGAAAAGGAAGGAUCGUGGAGGGUUGUAUUGUGGGCAGUCUGCUUGCCGGCGUGCUGCUUAUGCCUGGUACCAGUAUGUGUAGUGGUGCUAUGAGAACCAAAGAGCAGAAGUUCAAUGCGAAGAGCGCCGGCGUCACUAGCACUAUGCUGAUCAUGGCCAUCAUUGGGACGCUGACUCCUACGUUGUUCUAUCAGACAUUCGGUGAAUUCACGCUUGUGUGUGACGGCUGUCCUCCUUUGAGUGGCGAUGGAUCUCCUUGGCACUGCCGGAAGUGUUAUUAUGAGCACCUUGAUCCAGCAAGCGAUCCUUUCUAUCAGACGACCGUCAGGAGCCUCAUGUACCUUUGCGCCUCCGUCCUCCUUCUAUCUUAUCUCAUUGGGCUUUGGUUCUCUCUGCGAACUCACGCUUCACAAAUUUGGCAAAAUCCUCAGCAGCUAAUGCAACCCCUCGAUGCUCUUGCCAGUUCGAUAACAAAUCCCGCGAGUCGCAUGUCCAUGUACAAGCAACUCUCCCAAGUCCUUCCGAUUCACCGUCCACUCAAUCGUCAGACCAGCAAUGUAACUAUGACAGGGCCGCCUCCUCCCGUGAACCAGCAUCAAAGGGGCAGAGGAACCUCACAACAACCUUCGGCCUCAGAUCAGAGCUCGCAAACCGGAAGUGGUCGCACAACACCAGUCCCUGCGUCUCUAGAAUCUCCCACCAUAACUCGACGACCCACUGCCGUUGCGUCAAGUACACCUGUUGGUCAAACCCCACGUAGUCCAGGCCCGCUUGCAUAUACACCUCUUAUCAAUAGCGUCAACUUGGCCGUAAGGGACGCCAAUAUUGCUCCGAUGCAGCUUCCCCCGAACCUCACCACAGAUGAUUUCACACGAGCCGUGGCCGUUGCUACUGUGUCAGCUUUACGACACCAGCAGGACCACCCCAAGGUUCGUGGCCACGAUGAACCAGGUGGCCAGGGUGGUCAUGGAGGCCACGAUGCCCCCGCCUGGAGCAGGUUUGUCAGCGCUAGCGUUCUUCUUGGUUGCACUGUACUAUAUGCCAUAAUCGCUGAGAUCUUGGUUGACACCAUUGACGUUCUGCUUGUUGGCUACGGAUUGGAUGAGAAAUUUCUUGGGAUUACCUUAUUGGCUUUGGUUCCGAAUACGACAGAAUUCAUGAAUGCUAUCUCUUUUGCCUUGAACGACAAUAUCACAUUGAGUAUGGAAAUUGGUUCAGCUUACGCCCUUCAAGUGUGCCUCCUUCAAAUCCCAGCGAUGGUGGCGUUUUCUGCAUGGUCUGACCCUGCACUUAGCAGCAUCGCCGAUACCUUUACACUCAUUUUCCCCCGCUGGGAUGUAAUCGCCAUCAUCCUUUCUAUUUUCCUUCUCACAUACACAUAUAUAGAAGCCAAGGCCAACUACUAUCGAGGCAGUAUCCUCGUUCUCAGCUACGUUGUCUUGGUCGCUGGAUUCUACUUCGCCCCGCCUCGGACCAAUGAUGAAGACCUCACCCUGUUGCAUCGCAACUUCAUGCCACCUUCCGGUCUAUGGGGGUAUAUUCAGACACUCUACUUUUCCAUUUGGUCAUCUUGA